GGAAUAUAUUUUAGACUAUAGGUGAACAGGUAGGCUUCCUUCGAAUAAGUUAUUGACGGAAAGAAUGCGACAGAUUUGAGGUAGGAAAAGACCUAUUGAGGUCCGAUGUAGGCCUUCAGUUCAUGAACUGAAUAUAAUUUUCGGACAGAUGGUGGUGACUGCGGUAGGCAAGGUGGAGGGAGAGGUUAGUAACGUUAAACCGUUACUUUUAUUGGGCAAAUAAGACUAAAAUACCUCUCGGUCCACUAAUUUGUAAUGAUGAGCAGUUUAAAGGACAAACAGUCUUUUAACACCCCACCUGAAAGCGCGGACAACAGUGUGAGCGGUAGUGAAUGGGAUAUGGCAAGUGAUGUGUUUGUGUCUUGCUAUGAACAGCCGAUGGGCGAUGCUAUACAUGGUGGAAUGGACUCGGUGCAGCCGGGUAUGGAUAGACAUUUGCCGCUGCUAAGAGAUCGACGUGGGCUAUCCCAGGACGGCAUGAUUUUAGGCCUGGAGGAAGCCUAUACAGACUAUCAUGCACGACUUAGUUCUGAUCCAGGAACGGCUUAUUUGGAAAUCACAGGCGACCCAAAUUACAGCGAAAGUGAUGGCAACAUCACCACUAAAAAGCGAAAUCGCUCUAACAGUUCCAGACACCGCGGGGAGGUUGUCACGGAGCUUGGACCAGAGGAACUGCGGUGGUUUUAUAAGGAAGACAAAAGGACCUGGAAACCCUUCGUCGGACACGACUCCCUCAAAAUCGAGGUUGCUUAUCUAAAAUUCUGCGAACUUAAUCCGGACAAGGUCAGACGCCGGGGACCGUCUGAAUCGGAGGAUAUAAGUGGGUCGACUGGGGGGUCUGAGCCGGCGGGGGGUGAGACUGAGCCUGAGACUGUGGACAGACAGCCCGUCAGUGACAGAGGGGACAGCGCGUGUUCAACGGCUGAUGUGGACAGCAUUGGCGUUGACGUGGACGCCGUAUGCGUCAGAGGGGGUCUCUACGAAGUUGACAUUAAAGAGAAGGAAUGUUACCCGGUCUACUGGAAUCAGCAAGACCGCAUACCGGUGAUGCGGGGGCAGUGGUUCACCGAUGGCACCUGGCUUCCCCUGGAGGAGGAGGACAGCGACCUCAUCGAACUGGAGCACCUUGCACGCUUCCGGGGCCAGCAGAUGAGGGACACUUUCGAGACGGAAGUGGUGCCCACAACGGUGGACGUCAAGGACUCGCUUCACAGCCUGAAGCUGAGCCGGAGCCACGUGGACUGGCACAGCAUAGACGAGGUGUACCUCUACAGCGACGCCACCACCUCCAAGAUUGCGCGCACUGUCACUCAGAAGCUGGGAUUCUCCAAAGCCUCGAGCAGCGGAACUCGACUUCACCGCGGAUACGUGGAGGAGGCGGCCCCCGAAGACACGCCCCCAGAGACGACGCACAUCGUGUUUGUGGUGCACGGGAUUGGCCAGAAGAUGGACCAGGGUCGCAUCAUCAGGAACACCAGCAUGAUGCGAGAUGCAGCUCGCAAGAUGGAGGAGAAGCAUUUCUCUGACCGCACAAAUGAGCAUGUCGAGUUCUUACCUGUUGAAUGGCGGUCCAAAUUGUCCCUGGAUGGAGACACUGUGGACUCUAUCACCCCAGACAAAGUGAGAGGACUGAGAGACAUGCUGAACAGCAGUGCCAUGGACAUCAUGUACUACACCAGCCCCUUAUACAGGGAUGAGAUCACUCGAGGUCUAACCAAGGAGCUGAACAGACUCUACACGCUCUUCUGCAAGCGAAACCCCCAGUUCGAGGAGAACGGCAAGGUGUCCAUCGUGUCCCACUCCCUGGGCUGUGUCAUCACCUUCGACAUCAUGACAGGCUGGGACCCGGUGCGCUUCCACUACAUGGCCGCGCCGGACUCCGAGGACCUGGAGACGGGCAGGCCGGGCUUCGAGGAGCGGCGGCUGCUCGAGCAACUGCGUCUUACCCGGCUCAGAUUGAGGGAUCUGGAGGACCAGAUUCUAGGUCUGCAGACUCCGUCUUCGGUGGCUGUCCCAGCCCUGAAAUUUAAGGUGGAGAACUUCUUCUGCAUGGGUUCACCUUUGGCAGUGUUUUUGGCCUUGCGAGGCAUUAGACCAGGAGCUAAUGGCACCCAGGACCACAUACUCCCCAAGUCUAUCUGCCAGCGCCUCUUCAACAUCUUUCACCCAACUGAUCCAGUGGCAUACAGAUUGGAGCCCCUCAUCUUGAAGCACUACAGUAAUAUUUCCCCUGUCCAAAUACACUGGUAUAACACAACCAGCCCCACGCCGUAUGAUCAGAUCCGUCCGACGCUGCUGAACCCUCUGAAGGAGAGCGCCUCGGUGUCCGACACAGAGAGCAUCCCCAGCCCCUGCACAUCCCCGCCGCAGCCCCGCAGGCACUAUGGAGAGUCCAUCACCAACCUGGGCAAGGCCAGCAUCAUGGGGGCGGCCAGCAUCGGGAAAGGACUCGGCGAGAUUCUCUUCUCCCGGUUCUCACGCUCGAGUGGCCAAGUGGCCGGGUUGGAGGAGGAUCCCUCGGACUCGGAGGGCGGCACGUCUGAGCCAGACAACGUGGCGUCAGGAGAGGAAGGAGGGCCAAACGACGAAGAGGAAAAGAUCGAGGAGAAGAAAGAGGCAGCCGACGUGAAGGAGGAGCCCACCAUGUCCCAGUCCACCUCUGCCAUCAUGGACUACAGUUCACUGGAAAUGGAGGGUCGCAUUGACUUCGAGCUGCGGGAGGGUCUGGUGGAGAGCCGCUACUGGUCGGCUGUGACGUCCCACACGGCCUACUGGUGCUCCCUGGACGUGGCUCUCUUCCUGCUGACUUUCAUGUACAGGCCAAACGAGAUGGAGGAGCCUGCCGCCGACGACGCCAAUCCCGAAUCUUAACCCCCCCCGUACCAACUCCUCUUCCUCUUCCUCCUCCUCCUCCUCCUCGUUAACCACUUACACUCUCCCACUCUCCCCCUUUUCCCCACUCCUGCUAAACCCGGGAUUCCCUGUGCAUUUCUGACACACUGGCCUCUCUGGGCCAGACAGACCCUGCUCACUGUGCAUCCAAGAGCCUUUCCUCCUCCUUCUGUGGAGUUCAUCUUUAAAAAAAUAAUAAUAAUCACACACAAGUGCGCACACCCACACACACAAACACAAACAUAAAAACCACAGAGCUUCACCCUUCAUCCCAGAUUCCUCAUCGUGCCAUAAAUCCCUAGUGGUUCGUAUGAAGACUGUUAGCAACCCAAUCCCGAGCCCAUUGCCAUCGUCAAGCAGUCAUGGGAUGACUAUGAUUGACAAAGAGACUUAUUUCAUUUCAGUGGUCACCACCAUGCAUUUGUACAUCCUGUGGGAUCUCCUGACAUUGCGGUUUCUCUUGUUGAAAACUGAAAAGUACGUUCUUGUCCGUCUCUAAAGUCCAAAGUUAACCUUGUGCUCCCUAAGGUGCCUCUGUUACUGCUCAAAAGAGAAACGUCAGAAUCUGUCACAUGCCAGCCCUUUUUGAGAGGAAGAUGUGGAAACCAUACCUACUGCUGGCUUAAUCAGUGGAGAACAAUAGCAUAGUCUAAGGUCAAAGGCCAUGCUGAAAGUGCAACUGAACUGGGGAGUACGCGGAAGACAAAAACAUAGUCAUAGAAGAUGGGAUUAUUUUGUAUGUCCGCAGUGAAUAUGUGCCACUGUCACGCCUGGUGUAGCUAGUCUCAUUGGUUAUUGUGGAAGGUAAUUGUUGCAGCAUUCCCCACGUGAACGUUCCGCUUCAGUCGCGUUCCGGGGUAGCCCGGCCAUAUGACAUGCUCCAUCUACAGUCUGACUUGAGGAGCACCGAAAACAAAAUCAAGAGAUUUUUGUAAUACCUGUUUGACUAUUUAACAAGCUCUCUGUUACAUUUGGUAGGCACUGAACCUGAUGUAGCUGAGCUUUGUUAAAUGACCAGUGCUACAUUUUUUUAACUGUAACAUGUAGGCCUGCCUCAAGUGUCCUCACUUUAGAGGAGUGUGUUUAGGUAUUUACAUGCUUUGGUUAUGCAUCUCAUUUGUUGCAUUGUGUGUCGAUUGUACAGUGGUCUUAGCAUAAAAAACGAGAGGAAGUAGAUAUCAAGCACACCCUACUUGUGGCUUGAUUUAGAAACAGGACAAACCCAAACCAUGCGUUUUUAUGUGCUGACCCUAAACAGUCCUUUGUGGAUCAGGUGUGUGGACUUUUGGACCAAUACCACACCUGGACACUUACCAAAAUACUAUUUCCCCCCCAAAACAUUCUUGCACUACAAAAAAAUAGUGUCAAUUGUUCUGAUCUGUUUAGAUCAUCUGAUAAGGUCACUGGCCUGUCAUCUGUAUGUCUGUUUACAACAGUAGUGACGCUGCGUUGAGGGUGGUGGUGGGAAGAAGGUCACUGUCAUGAUUGUUUACCAUUUGGAAUGUGGAUUCCAACAGUUUGCCAAAUUGGCUUAUUUUAUGAGUUUGAUUAUGGCUGAUUACAUAUACUGCAAAAUGGCUGAUUCAUACAUAUCCACCUGGAGACCUUAAAGCAUAUAGAUAUGUUGGUCUUCUGGUUUGGGACUGACCCAGUGCUUUUUAAAAAAAUAAUAAUAUUAUGUGGAUUUUGCAUUUCAUCACUUGGGCAUGAUGCAAUUUGAAUGAAUAGUGAAUGCAAGGCAAGCUGCAAAAUCAUGUUAGAUGAAAUGUGCUUUGAGCACUGGACAUGCAGUUUGUGCCAGGGAAACAUCAUCCAUGCAGGGUUCUUUUUUCACAUUUUUUCACCAUUAGAAAAUGUAACUCUUAUCCCAAUGUGUCAUUAAUAACAGCUGAAAGAUUGAAAAUGAUAUAUUUAAGAGGAAGAAAAGUAAGAAAAGAAAAUGUGUUGAUGUUUAACUGAUCACCUCAAUCACCCAUCACUUUUCCCAAAUGCAUCCAUGCCUAAUAGAAAAUGUUCAGUUUAAUGGAAUGAUGUUUCGAGAAUGCAUCAUCAUUUCUUAUGUUUAUUUUUAGUUUGACACCAUCCUUAUGCCUUCAAAAGAAACAGUAAAGUAAAAAAACACUUACCUUGUCCUUACCUCACCUUGACAAUGACUUACCUUUGAAUGUGCCAACUACAUAUAAAGAGCCUCCAUUUUAAGAUGCUUGACAAUGGAGCACACAAGGCUGAGGGGAGCGGGACUGCGGGCUCCCCUCAGCACUGCCUUGCUGCCUGCAUAGCAAACAAGGAAACUUUUUGUCCUAUAUGUUGACAUUUUCCCCAUCAUAAUCAAAACGUGUCUUGUUUACCGUUUUUAUGUAUUCCACCUGUU